AUGUCUUACCAACAACAACAGUGCAAGCAGCCCUACCAGCCUCCUCCUGUGUGCCCACCUCCACAGUGCCCAGAGCCUUGUCCUCCCCCAAAGUGCCCAGAGCCUUGUCCUCCUCCACAGUGCCCAGAGCCUUGUCCUCCUCCAAAGUGCCCUGAGCCCUGCCCCGCUCAGCCAUGCCAACAAAAAUGUCCUCCUGUGCAACCUCCUCCACCCUGCCAGCAGAAGUGCCCACCCAAGAGCAAGUGA